GUGUUUCAACACAAAGCUCCUCUCUGGGGCUUUAUAAAGAGGCGGCUUUUGGGGAGGAUCCACAGGUGCUGUGCUGCAGAAGCACCGAUGUCCUCCAACAGCUCCCAGGCACCUCCCAGUAGGACCCCAGGGCCUUUUGAUGGCCCCCAGUGGCCCUACCAGGCCCCACGAAGCACAUAUGUGGGGGUGGCCGUGCUGAUGGGCACAGUGGUCGCCUGUGCCUCGGUGGUGAACGGGCUGGUCAUCGUGGUGUCCAUCCGCUACAAGAAGCUCCGCUCCCCACUGAAUUACAUCCUGGUGAACCUGGCCGUGGCCGACCUGCUGGUGACGCUGUGCGGCAGCUCCAUCAGCCUCUCCAACAACAUCAACGGCUUCUUCGUGUUCGGCAGGAAGAUGUGUGAGCUGGAGGGCUUCAUGGUCUCCCUGACAGGCAUCGUGGGGCUGUGGUCGCUGGCCAUCCUGGCCCUGGAGCGCUACGUUGUGGUCUGCAGACCCCUGGGGGAUUUACGCUUCCAACGCCGGCACGCAGUGAGCGGCUGCGCCUUCACGUGGGGCUGGGCGCUGCUCUGGAGCGUCCCACCACUGCUGGGCUGGAGCAGCUACGUGCCUGAAGGGUUGAGGACAUCGUGCGGGCCUAACUGGUACACGGGUGGCAGCAACAACAACAGCUACAUCCUGUCCCUGUUCGUCACCUGCUUCGUCCUGCCGCUCAGCCUCAUCCUCUUCUCCUACGCAAACCUGCUGGUGACCCUGCGGGCGGUACGUGCUGCCGUGCAGCUUUGGGGUUCUUUAGCCAGGGUUGACACCCCUUCCCCAGACAGUGCCUAAAUAAACCCAUUACGUGAUGCGGUGCUUCGGGUUCUCUCUCGAUACAACGUAACCCAGGAUCCCCUUUUCACUGGAGCUUGCAGUUCUGCUGUUUCUGUGGGCUCUCU